CCAGCCAGGGAGGGAGCAGUGCGGCUGGGGAGGAAACACUGGAGUAUGCCCCAGCAGCACAUCCCCUGCGACCUUAUCCACAUGGAGAUGCUUAAUGGUCGGGUGCUACCAAGGCUGUCAAAGGUGCUGGGGCUCGAGGGUGACAAGAAGUCUAUCAUAAAAUUUGAAUUUAACCCCAAAGAUGGGAUUGACAACCCUGCCUUGUCGCUGACUGAGGACAUGGAUGGCGAGGGUGUGGGGGAGCCCCGCUUCUACCUCCUGAGCAAAGGCAGCGCAGAGACCUUUGGCUUCUGCCUCCACGAGGAGCUGGGCUGCCAGGGCCACAUCAUCCGGCAGGUCGAGCUGGGGGGGCUGGCCCAGCGCAGGGGGCUGCAGGACGGGGACCGGCUCCUCCAGGUCAAUGGCCACUUUGUGGACAACAUGGACCACUGCAGGGUGGUGCAGAAGAUCAAGGCCAGCGGGAACCAGGUCCUACUGGCGGUGCUGGAUGGCGACUCCUAUGAAGCAGCCAAAGCCCUGGGCAGGGACCUGUCCCACAUGCUGCCAGCUGACAUCCGCCCACGCCUCUGCCACAUCACACGGGACAGAAGCGGUUUUGGCUUCAGUGUGUCGGGUCUGGAAGGCAUGAAGGGCACCUUCCAGCUGUCGGUGCGGCAGGACGGGCCAGCGGAGAGAGCAGGCGUGCCUCCAGGCUCCUGGCUCCUGGAGCUGAACGGGGCCAGCGUGAGGAGCUACUCGCGUGCGCAGCUCACCAGAAAGCUUAAGCAGAGCGGCAGCAAGGUGACGCUGCUGGUGGCAUCCAGUGCCGUGGAGGAGUUUUACCGCCUGCGGGGCCUGCGGGUCAUGGCUGCCUUGGCGGACACCUCCUGGCUCCCCUUCAGGGUCCGGGAGCUGCACAUGGUGAAGGGUCCGGCUGGCUAUGGGUUUCUGCUCAAGGAGGAUGACUGCAGCUCAGGGGCCACAGGCCAGUUCCUGUGGGACGUGGAUGCAGGGCUGCCAGCUGAGCAGGCAGGGAUGAAGGAAGGGGACCGUCUCCUGGCUGUGAACGGUGAGAGCAUCGAGGGGCUGGACCACCAGCAGACGGUGCUCAGGAUCCGUGCCCGUGAUGAUCAGGUGACGCUGCUGGUCAUCGACCCCGCUGGUGAUGAGUUCUACCAGUCGAUUGGGCUGUCCCCUCUGCUGUUCUUUGAGGACAGUGACCCUGCUUCAGGCUCCUGCACGCCCUCCCUGCCCUCUCCCAGUGGCUCCCCUGGACUCUGUCACAUUGAGGUGGGACCAAAGAGACCUGGCUCCUGGCUAGUGGCUGCUGCCAACAGUAUAGGGAUCACACAGAGCCCACGCCAGGAGGAGCAGAGGAGGCUGCACCAUGCAUUCUAGUGGCCCAGGAGCACCCUGCCUCCAGCCAGGCUCCCCCGCACAGCGCCUUGACUCAGGCCAUGUCCAGCCCAUCGGUGCCCCCUGCCCGGCUCCCCGGAGAGCACAGUGCUGCUCAGCAUGGCCGUUGCACGCACAGCUGCUGUGUCUCCAUGCCUGUGAUGGGGCUCGCAGCAUCGCACCUCCCAGAGACUCAUCUCCACUGACCAAGGCUGGCUCCAAGCUUUUAUUAACCAUGCCGGUGGCUUCUUGUAACCUGAAGACAGACCUGUGUCUUUGCCUGCCCAGCUGCCUCCAGGGAUAUCUAGGGACAUUGCACUGAAGCCCUUGCCCAGCUCCAGGCUCUAGGAGCUCCCAGGAGAGCCAAGGCACUGCCCUCCACGCCAUGACCCUAGGGACUGGGGAGCCUGAGGCUUGGCUCAGCCCAGGGCUGGCCUUUGGGCUGCUGUGUGAAGGGGAAAGGGAGCAGCGGAGGCUGAUGGGGUGCUGGAGGAACCCCCCACCUCUCAGCCUGUUGGCUCAGAUCUGCCCCUGCAUGGACAUCUCUCUUGUGCUCCUCCUCUCAUUCUCCCUGUGAACCUGUGGGCAGUGAGUGUCUGCCACCCAUCACAGCACUGUUCC